AGAGGACAACAGCUGAGGACAGGACAGUAGAAAGUCAGUGAAGAGUCAUUUAAACAACUGGAGACACACCUGCAUACGGCUGUUAGACCUGAGUGGGCGGGAGCUCAUACGGAAAAGUGAAACUAAAAGUCAACAGCAGGAACAUGAAGGAAGUAUGAUGCUGCUAAAAUGAACGAGGUUCAAGAAAAAUGUCCAGAGUGUUUUUUUCUUCAGCCAUAGCGUGACAUCUGGAUAAAUCAUUCUGACAGGCAGUCAACACUCACAUCAGGUGGUCCUUCAUCAAUCUUCUUGUCUGGGAUGUGACCAAGUUCAAUACUAGCUGCCAGCCUGCCGCACAGUUGGCUUUUUUCUAUUUUUUAACAGUGAUUAAAGGACACUUCCUCUGCAAUGUUUUUAUUAAGGCUAUUAGUGCUGUCUCUAUUCCACGUGUCUCUGGUUGGGUCUCAGCUGACCCAGAGUUCACAACAAGCAUCAAGCCCCCCUCAACCCUCAGGAGAACAGUCUCAUUUAGGUUCUGAUGAUCUGUCCUUCCCGUGGAGCCGUCUUCGCCUUCCAAGGUACAUUAUUCCUCUUCACUACCACCUCCUCCUGCACCCCAACCUCACAAGUCUCAGUUUCACUGGAUCAGUGCAGAUCCAGAUUGAUGUCCAGAACAACACAAACUGGGUUGUGUUACACAGCAAAGGUCUGCAGAUCUCCAAGGCAACCAUAUUGGACCAGGACCUUACACAUCUGUCUGAUCAGGUUCUCCCAGUUCUUCAUAACCCUUCCCAUGAGCAGAUUGGCAUUUUCUCUCCCAGGGUGCUCAGCAACGGGCAGAAGUACUUUCUGUAUAUUGAGUUUGGGGCACAACUUGCAGACGGUUUCUAUGGUUUCUAUAAGAGCGCCUACAGAAGCAUCAAAGGAGAGACCAGAAGUUUAGCUUCAACUCACUUUGAGCCCACGAGUGCUCGGAUGGCAUUCCCUUGUUUUGAUGAGCCGACCUUCAAAGCCAACUUCUCUGUGCGGAUCAGGAGGAGUGCAGAGUACAUUUCACUGUCCAACAUGCCUGUCGUCAAGACGGUUGAAUUAAAUGACGGCCUGCUUGAGGACCAGUUUGAUGCAAGUGUAAAGAUGAGCACGUACCUUGUUGCUUUUGUUGUGUGUGACUUCAAAUUUGUCACUGCAAAAACAUCAUCUGGGGUACAGGUGUCCAUCUAUGCCGCCCCCGAGAAGUGGCUGCAGACCCACUAUGCCUUAGAGGUUGCUGUCAAAAUGCUUGACUUCUAUGAGGAGUAUUUCAACAUUCACUAUCCUCUACCCAAACAAGAUCUGAUAGCCAUCCCAGACUUCCAGUCUGGUGCGAUGGAGAACUGGGGUCUGACCACCUACAGAGAGACCAGCCUUCUCUUUGAUCCCCUCACAUCCUCCAUUUCUGAUCAGCUCUGGGUCACUAUGGUGAUCGGCCAUGAGCUCGCCCAUCAGUGGUUUGGUAACUUGGUGACGAUGGAGUGGUGGAACGACAUCUGGCUGAAUGAAGGGUUUGCCAGAUACAUGGAGUUCAUUUCAGUGGAGGCCACCUACCCCGACCUCAAAGUGGAGGAAUAUCUACUGCACACCUGUUUUGCAGCAGUUGGUCAUGACUCGUUGAACUCCUCUCGGCCAAUAUCCAGCCCAGCGGAGAACCCCACCCAGAUCAAACAGAUGUUUGACACAGUCUCCUAUGACAAAGGAGCAUGUGUCCUUCACAUGCUGCGAACCUUUCUGACAGAUGAUGUGUUCCAGCGGGGGAUAGUACGAUACCUCCGCAAAUACAGCUACAGAAACGCACACAACCAGGACCUGUGGGACAGCCUAGCCAAUACAUGCUCUGAGGAUGACUUUAUCUCCGGAAAACACUGUUACAGCAGCGGUCAGGCCUCUAAGAAUGCAUACCUGUUUGCAGGGGAACACCUGGACCUGACAGCCAUGAUGAACACUUGGACUCUGCAGAAAGGUAUUCCCGUGGUAACCGUUACUAGGAAGGGCCCCCGCCUGCUGCUUAGACAGGACAGGUUCCUGAGGACAGUGCUGCCUUCGGACCCUCUCUGGCCCACACUGCAGCAGGGUUUCCUUUGGCACAUCCCUCUGACAUACAAGACAGAUGCUUCCAGCACCAUCCACAGACACCUGAUGACAACACAAACAGACAGCAUUCAUGUAGGAGAGGAAGUCAGCUGGGUGAAAGUAAACACUGACAUGACGGGCUAUUAUGUGGUUCAUUAUGAGGAUGGUGGUUGGGACAAGAUGGCAAAACUACUGAGGGAAAACCACACUGCUCUGAGCUACAAAGAUAGGACUCACUUGAUACACAACGCCUUUCAGUUGGUCACGGCAGGUCAUCUGCCGCUCAAUAAAGCCUUAGACCUGAUUGGUUACCUGCGAUUGGAAGAACACACUGUGCCUCUCCUGCAAGGACUGGGUUAUCUGGAGGCCUUUUACCGGAUGAUUGAGAAAAGGAAUGAGUUUGAUAUAACCAGAAACCUUGGGAUGUACAUCCUGCGAUUCUUCCGUGCUGUCAUUGACCAGCAGACGUGGAGUGACAGCGGCUCUGUGUCAGAGCGACGGCUGAGGUCAGAGCUCCUGUCACUGGCUUGUCACCUGGAUGACCCUCCCUGUCUGGAGCGGGCACAUCAGCGCUUCAAAGACUGGCUUCAGUCCAACGGGACUCUCAACUUGCCAACUGACGUAGCAGAGACGGUGUUUUCAGUUGGAGCUCAGGAUGACCACGGCUGGGCUUCACUCUUGCAUGCAUACAACAUCUCCCUGUCUGCAGCACAAAAACAGAAAAUCCUGUUUGCCUUGACCUGCAGCAAAGACACAAACAAACUACUCAGACUGCUGGAGUUGGGUCUUGACGGGAAGGUGAUUCGAUCCCAGGACCUGUCUUCUCUCAUCCUGAUGGUGGCCAGGAACCCGCGGGGACAUCACCUUGCUUGGAACUUUGUCAAAAAGAACUGGGACACACUGGUUCAAAAGUUCCAGUUGGGCUCCUUUUGCAUUAGAAACAUCAUCAUUGGCACCACGAGCCAGUUUUCAUCUCCAGAGGAACUCACUGAAGUGCAGUUGUUCUUUGAGUCUAUCAAAGAGCAGGCAUCUCAGCUGAGAGCUACUCAGGUUGCCCUGGACAACCUGCAGAAAAAUGUCCGCUGGAUUCAGAGGAACCUAGAGACUCUGAGAAACUGGCUGAACGAACAAAUGAAGUGAAAGCCAGCAGAGAGAGAGGUGGUGGUUGACCGACGCCAAGUAGGGGACAUUUCAAAGUUGUUGUUUUUUUUUAAAUCUGUUUUAUUUGCUUAUUAUAAUGUGUUCAACGUCAAUAAAGAGUUGACAGUUUUUGUAUGUAAAAGUGUGUUUUGUAAAAUGUCAGGAGACUUACUUGUUGGAACAAAAGAUGUAAUUGGUAGAACUGCCAGCUAAGAAGACGUAGAGUGUGUGUAAUGAGCUCUGUGUGUGUGUGUGUGUGUGUGCGUGUGUGUGUGUGUGUGUGUGUGUGUGUGUGUGUGU